GGGCGGGGCCUGGCGGGCCGGGGCGGGGCCGCAUCCAUCCGCGAUCCCGGGCCCAGGCAGGCUCAGCACCUGCCGCCGAGCGGGAUCGUGCGCGCGUGGCUGAGCUCAGGUGACCGGCCAGGAAGAGUGUCCAGAAGCCAGGAGCCAUGGCCAUGGGGAACAUCAACGAGCUGCCUGAGAACAUCCUGCUGGAGCUGUUCACACACGUGCCCGCCCGCCAGCUGCUGCUGCGCUGCCGCCUGGUCUGCAGCCUCUGGCGCGACCUCAUCGACCUUGUGACCCUCUGGAAACGCAAGUGCCUACGGGAGGGCUUCAUCGCAGAGGACUGGGACCAGCCUGUGGCCGACUGGAAGAUCUUCUACUUCCUACGAAGUCUCCACAGGAACCUCCUGCACAACCCAUGUGCUGAAGAGGGGUUUGAGUUCUGGAGCCUGGACGUGAAUGGAGGUGAUGAGUGGAAGGUGGAGGAUCUCUCUGGAGACCAGAGGAAGGAAUUCCCCAAUGACCAGGUCAAGAAAUACUUCGUGACUUCUUAUUACACCUGCCUCAAGUCCCAGGUAGUGGACCUCAAGGCUGAAGGGUAUUGGGAGGAGCUGAUGGACACCACACGGCCGGAUAUCAAGGUCAAGGACUGGUUUGCAGCCAAACCAGACUGUGGGUCCAAGUACCAGCUGUGUGUUCAGCUCCUUUCGUCAGCGCAUGCGCCUCUGGGGACCUUCCAGCCAGACCCAGCAACAAUCCAGCAGAAGAGCGAUGCCAAGUGGAGGGAGGUCUCCCACACGUUCUCCAACUACCCACCCGGCGUCCGCUACAUCUGGUUUCAGCACGGCGGCGUAGACACUCACUACUGGGCCGGCUGGUACGGACCGAGGGUCACCAACAGCAGCAUCACCAUUGGGCCCCCCACUGCCCUGAUGUCCCCGAGCCCCCAUCCACAGAACCCUGACUGGUAAACUUCUCUCAGAGAAAGGCUGGGCUCGGGAAGGGGAGGUGGACCAGGCUCCCCCAGACCUCCUAGUUCAUCCUUGCCCUCCAGUCACCUCUUCUUUAUGAGGCUCUUGGUUCAUGUAGCCCCCACAUGCUGCAGGCAGCCAGCUCUCCACCCGAGGGCUCAACCUGAAUGAUGGUGAGGGAGGCCUGUGUAGGCACUUUUAAGAGCUAGGGCCCCUGAAAUUAGAGAGGUACAGGGUGUUCCCCCAGGCUCCUCCCCCUAACUCCUCUAAGAGUGGGUCUCCAAACUCAGAUCUAUGUUUCUACCUUCCCCUCCUGGACCCUUUCUCCCUAUCUUUUUUGGGUGUCCCUGGAGCAGGGACAGUCAGGAGGACAUCUGUCGAGCCUGUGGCUGGGAGGUGACUAUGUAGCUCAGAUAGAUCCGAGAGUGGAAGGAGGGCUCUUCUGGCCUGUCCUCUCCCAUUCUGCUGCUCCCAAGCUCUCACUAUGCCUGCCCACUCAGAGCGGUGGCUUUGGCCCAGAGGCUCAGGCCUGGUCUCAGCUGGACAGGCCCAGGGUGGGGUGGGGUCCGUGCCAGGUCUGCACUGUUCACAUUGUCAAUGAAGCCUCAGAAUCCAGAUGGGGUUGGGGGUCUCCAGAAGACCCCCGGAAUCCUGUGCACGGUAACCCAGGGCCGGUGGGGGCAGGACUGGUUUCCGAUUCUGAGAGCUAGGAUGUGUGAGCAAAGGACGAGUGGGGUAGGGGGUUUUCAAGGACUGUCUGUCCCCCGCCAUGCCUAGGCCAGGCUCCCUGUGGCUUGGAGAGUAUUCCAAGUCCCCACGCCACCCAGGACCUCCCCUCCCCUCCUGCUGGAAGGACAGCAGUGCUCUGCUUCUGCCCCUGCUGCAUGUGGCCAAAUAAAAGGUUUUCCCAGCCCAA